AUGAGCGCAACAAACUUUACGGACGAAGCUCACAAGGCUCUGCUAGAUUCGAACGAUCUGGCAUCAAAAUAUGCUCACCCUCAGAUCCUGCCCAUCCAUCUGGCUGUCUCGCUCCUCAGUCCUUCGCUACCUGGGUCUAAGGACCAACAAGCGUAUGUAGCUAGCGUGCCGCUCUUCAAGCAAGUUGUCGAGCUGGCGCACGGCGAUCCAGAACUGCUUCACCGCUCGCUAUUCAAGUUGCUGAUACGACAACCGACCCAAGAUCAAAUCACAGAGCACGUCAGUCUUUCUCCUGCUCUCGCCAAGGUAAUACGGUCCGCAAGCGAGCUUUCCAAGACUCAGAAUAGGAGAGAUGGCUAUGCCGCCAUUGAGCACCUAAUCCUGGCUGUGACUCAGGACUCGCAAGUCCAGCAGGCCCUGGCAGAUGCAAACAUCCCAAAUGCUAAGCUGAUCGACCAUGCUGUACAGCAGAUUUGCGGCUCCAAGCAGAUAGACUUGACGACUGCGUAUUCAGAGAGUGAAAAUAAAAAUAGAAAUCUGAGCAAAUUCACUAUCGAUAUGAUAGCGCAGGUGAGAGAAGGCAAGAUUGAACCUGUGCUCAGCCAUUAUGAGGAAACUAGACAGGUCAUCCAGAUUCUGAGCAGGCGGACGAAGAAUAACCCUAUUCUGAUCGGCGAAUCGGGCGUCGGAAAGACUACGCUUGUGGCGGGUCUUGCACAUUUGAUCUGUAAUGCAGAGGCCCCUGCAAGCCUGUUGCAUUGCAGACUACUCUCUCUUGACAUGGGUUCACUUAUUGCUGGAUGCAAGUAUCCUGGAGAAUUUGAAGAAAGGAUGAUGGGUGUCCUGAAGGAGGUUGAGGAGUCAAAAGAUACGAUCAUCCUCUUCAUCGAUGAUAUCCACUUUAUCAUGGAUGCUCCCUCCAGCAGUGAUGGAGGAAUGGGCGCUGCAAAGCUGCUCAAAUUAAUGCUAGCUAGCGGGAAACUCCACCGCUGCAUUGGAGCCACGACAAAUAUGGAAUACCGGAAGUACAUGGAGAAGGAUCAGGUUUUCCGUCGAUUUCAGCAAGUGCUGGUGACAGAGCCGUCAGUGUCAGAGACCAUUUAUAUCCUCAGGUGUCUCAAAGCCAAAUAUGAAGUGCACCACGCUGUAAUUAUCCAUGAUGGUGCCGUCGUCGCUGCUGCCAAGCUUGCCGCUCGCUAUCUUAUAGAUCGACGACUUCCCGACUCAGCCAUUGACCUCAUCGACGAGGCCGCAGCUGCGGUGCGAAUUGCUCGGGAGACUCAACCGCAGCCUCUCGGCAACUUGGAAAGGAAGCUGCAACGACUCCAGGUUGAAAUCCACGCCUUAAAUAAGGGAAAAGAUGAAGCUUCAAAAGCACAGUUGGAAGUUGCUAAGCAGGAAGCUGUGAACUGUGCAAAGGACCUGCAGCCGCUACGUGAGAAAUAUGAGAGUGAGAAAAAGCGAAGCAAGGAAAUACAGGAUGCCAAGAUGAAACUUGACUCACUUAUUGCCACGAGAGACGCGGCAGAACAAUCUGGAGACCUCCAAACCGCUGCAGACAUGGUGUACUACGCCAUUCCAGAGUUGAAGGAACGGAUCGAGAGGAUGGAGGCGGAGAGGACAGAAGCCUGUGCGGAGCAACGCGCUCACCAGGGAGAAGUCGAUGAGGCCUGGUUCCCUGCUGAUGCUGUUGGCCCUGCCCAAAUCCAUGAGCUCGUCGCCAGAUGGACCGGAAUUGCACUCACGAGUGUUGUGAUAUGA